UAAGAUGGCAGACCAAGAAACUAAUGGUUACAACGAUGAAGCGAGUGAUUUUAAGCGUAAAAGCAAUGCAAGCCUUCGAGAGACCGACCCGGACGAAGACGGUGAAGAAACGAGCAAGGAAUCGGAGAAGGUACAGGAGUACAUCAGAAAUAUACUGAACGAACGGGUAGCUUUGGACCGUAAAUAUCCCAUUGCUGAUCGGUUGUUACAAAUGGAAGUGGAGACAACACAAAAAAAUGGCAAACCUCCAGCUCGACGCUACAUUGACAUUUACCGGGAAAAGCCCAUUAAACUGCAGGUAAAAGUAAUCGUGCCGGUAAAAGAACACCCUAAGUUCAAUUUCGUCGGUAAACUGCUUGGUCCAAAAGGAAAUUCCCUAAAACGCCUGCAGGAAGAUACCAUGUGCAAAAUGGCCAUUCUGGGCAGAGGUUCAAUGAAGGAUCGCAAGAAGGAAGAAGAGCUUCGAUUAGCCAUGGAUCCCAAGUAUGCCCAUCUCAAUGAUGACCUGCACGUUGAAAUUAACGCACUGGGACCACCAGCGGAAGCACACGCUCGCAUUGCAUACGCACUGGCAGAGGUACGAAAGUUUCUUAUUCCUGACAGUAACGACUUCAUCCGGCAGGAACAGAUGCGUGAAAUGUUGGAGGAUCCAGAGUGUGAAUUGCCGGUGAAAAAAGCGUACAAAAAGUCGAUGGCAACACAUGCAUCUGUUCACGAUGGUCCACCAUCGUCUGGGAUGAUGUCAAGUUCUCAAGGACCUGCAUCUUCACGGUCGUUACCACCUCAGCGGAAGGUUCUUUCGAUUCUAGAUAAAGCACGCGCCGCACUAGAGGACACUCAUUUCCCCCGAGUAUGAUUUCGUUUCAACUCCUCAACGUUUAGAUACGAAGAACCUCCACGAUAUGAGCGUGAGCAUUUUGAAUCAUCGUACCACUACCACCCGCAACCACCAGCACCACCUCGAUCAAAAUAUGAAAGCAAUAAUUAUAGUGAUGAUUAUCGAAGAGAUUACUACCGCGAUUCCAGUUCUUACUCUGAAUCAUUGUCAGUUCCACCGUCGAAACCGAGCGCCACAUCGAUGGGCGGUCGAUCGUGGAAACCGUCUACGUAUAGUGGAAGUUCAACACGAGAGCAAAUCGAUCUGAAACAUCAUGCUACACGGGAUCUCCACUCGUAUCGUCAUGCACCAUACGGGCGACAGUCAAAAUAG